GGCGGAGGAGGCGGAGGCACCACACAACUGUCCGGCGGUCAAGAUCACGAUCAAGAAUGGCGUCCAAGUUCUACAGUCUCACGGCUAAACUGUUAUCCGGAGAAAUGUUUAAUUUCUCGUCCUUACAGGGAAAAGUUGUCCUCAUAGAGAAUGUGGCGUCUCUCUGAGGCACGACCACCAGGGAUUACACCCAGAUGAACGAGCUCCACGAGCGCUACGCCAGCAAGGGGCUCGUGAUCCUGGGAGUUCCCUGUAAUCAGUUCGGCCAUCAGGAGAACUGCAAGAAUGAAGAAAUCCUGCUGUCCCUGAAGCACGUCCGUCCCGGGAACGGCUUUGAGCCAAAGUUCCAGCUCCUGGAGAAGGUGGACGUGAACGGGAAGGACGCCCACCCUCUGUUCGCGUUCCUGCGGGAGCAGCUCCCCGCCCCCAGCGACGAAGCCGCAUCCCUGAUGAACGACCCCAAGUUCAUCAUCUGGAGCCCCGUGUGCAGAAACGACGUGGCCUGGAACUUCGAGAAGUUCCUCAUCGGGCCGGACGGGGUGCCGUUCAAGCGCUACAGCAGGAGGUUCCUCACCAGCGACAUCGAAGGCGACGUCAAGAAGCUCCUCAGCCAGAUCAAGUAGCGUCUUCAAGCCGUCCACGAGCUCUUCCCUCCAACGCCGCCUCUGUGCUUCCCUGCAUCCGAUGGCUGCUUUGUUCUUUUACUGAAUGAAGACGCCCUCUAAAACCAGUGUGAGGAGGGCGUCUGAUGACGAAGAAAAGGCCAAACGUUCUCAGCUGCAUUGGCUGCAUGUAAAGCAGAGUUGUGGUGUGAUUUUCUAAAGACGACCAAUAAAUGUUUUUAACCAAA